AAAAUGUCUAUUGAUGUUAUUUAAAAAAUUUCUAGAGAAAAACUAAUUAGAAUUGCUUUUUAAUGUUAUAAAAAUUUAGCAUCGUUUUCUUAAUAAUGUAUCGAACUAAUGGUUGAUAAAGACUUACUGAAAGUUUGUGAAACUUUACUAAAAGGAAAUAUUAAAGAAAAAGAAUUAGUUAAUGAUAUUUAAUAAUUGGGAGAAGUUUUAGAAAAGAAUAUUAGAAUUUUAACUUCUUUUGAAAAAUAUGUUAAAGAAUUGAAUCUUUAAAAUUUAGAAUGGAAUCCUGUACAUACUGAAAAGUUUUGGAAAGAAAACGUUAAAAAAUUCGAUGAUAACGAUUACUAAUUGAUUAAAAAAUUAGUGGCUUUAUUAAAUAGUGAUGUUUCUAAAAAUGUAGCUAUUGCAUGUUAUGAUAUAGGUGAAUUUUGUAGAUUCCAUCCUUUCGGAAGAAAUGUAAUUGAAAAAUUAGGAGGCAAAAAUUUAAUUAUGAUUAAAGCAAGACAUGAGGAUUAAAGUGUAAGAGAAAAUGCACUUUUAGCUUUAUAAAAAAUAAUGUUACAUAAUUGGCAAAUUGCUGGAAAAUGA